AUGGAAACGCAAGGUAUAUUUGAACUUUGCUACUCGUAUAUGUUUACACCAAUUUCUAGGUCUUAUUUUCUUGUUCUUGUUAAUAGAAAUCGCGAUCUUUUGCUUAAAGUUGGUAAAGAGAACAUAACAACAAUGCAAUCAAUUAUCCAAAAGAUGCCAAAAGUUGCUUCGGAAGUGAUGAAUACCUGCAUUAAGAAAUCGUCAACAUUUGAUCGCGAAGGCAAGAAUAUCUAUACAAUAGUAUAUGAUUUUACUCUGCUUGAACCUGGAGAGGAAUUGGAAGAGAUGUACAAUUUACCCAAAGGAAUACAUAACUUAAAUGCACUAACAACAAUCGUCUCAUCUAAUCACGUCGGUCUCCUCGAACAUCCACUUUCUGCAAGAUUGUUAGAUACUAAAUGGUCGCAUUUUGGUCGAAGAGUCUACGUAUUCAACUUAAUGAUUAAUAUCUUAUUCAUCGUGGCUUUGACAGCUUAUGUUCUCAAUAUUGAAGAUUAUUUUAAUUCAGCUUAUAGUAAAGUCCACCUAAUAGGACUUCAGCCAUCGAAUGCUUUUUCAGGAAAUGGCAAACCCGCUAGUCGUUCAAUUUCUGCCUUUUCUAAUUCAACCAGUAAUGGUACCGUAAUUGAUGAUAUUGCGAGAAACCAUUCGUCAAUUCCUAUUCUUAAAGCUCUUAUUCUAGUAUUUUCGAUCGUUAAUUUGAUUCGUGAGAUUUUUCAGCUCUAUCAUGAGAAGUGGAAAUAUUUCCUUUCCUAUGAGAAUUAUUUUGAAAUCGCCCUGCAUACCAGUGUAAUUGCCUUUGCCGUAGGUCCCGGAACAAGUUCUUAUUUUUGGGCAAUUGGAACAUUUUCAGUUCAAUUAGCAUACAUAGAAUUAGUGAUGUUCUUAAGAAAACUUCCAGUUAUAGGAAAAUAUGUCCUUAUGAUACGAUCUAUGGUAAACACUAUUCUGAAGGUCAUGAUUAUCGUAUUUAUCUUUGUUAUGGGUUUUGCUAUCGGCUUUGGGAUGCAAUGCCUCCAUGAGGUGGCGUUCAGUAACAUCUUCCUGUCUGUUAUUAAAGUAAUUGAUAUGAUGGUUGGGGAAAUUGAUUACAAAGAUGUAUUUCUAUCUGGAAUUCAAAAUGGCGAUAUAGCCUAUCCUGGAAGUUAUGCAGUUUUAGUCAUUUUACUUAUAUUCAUUUUUAUUAUGUCGAUCUUAGUCAUGAAUUUGAUGAUUGGCCUAGCUGUUGGUGAUAUAGCCGAAAUGGAAAAGAAAGCUAAACUUCGACGUUUAGCAGAUUUAACUGACUACUUCUACAAUAUUGAUAAAAUUAUGUCACGUCAUCUUCGUAAGCAAUAUAAAAUUGACAAGAUUACAUGUACUGAAGUAGAACGGAUUACAACUGUAGAUAAAUCAAAUUCAAACGAAUGCCUGUUUGAAUCGCACAAUUCUGAAAUAAGCUCUCAGAUGCAAGAAAUGGUUCGUCAAUUUGAAUCUCAAAGAAUGAGGCUGAUCGCAAUGGAAGAAAAGCUUAGAUUUAUAUGCCAAAAUAUGGAUGAUACAAGCACUUCUUAA